AUGAUACUAAGCAAGAAGAUAGAUAUGCGUGAUAACUUGAUAGCACACGAACAGAUAAAUGGGAAGACGAGAACAGCGGCGUUUCUCAUAUUGCCUGAUAUGACAGAGCCCUCUUCUCGAGAUUUUUAUGCAAUGAAUGAUGAAAAUUUCGCAGAAAUUUUAAGACAUUUUUGUGGAUACAAGCAUUUCAUCAACUGUCGCAUAGUUACUGCUGGUGCUGAUGUCGAUGUUGACGAGGUUAACGGACGUUUAUGGCAGGGAAAACUAACAGAAUGCUAUAGGAGAACCGGAACAAGAAAAGAAUUGGACAGGAUGAACGAAAUGUAG